AUGGCUCAGAUUGGUGGCAUGUUACAACCUAUUGACAAGAGCCUGGUUCAAAAACUCCAUGCCCUUGUUGGUGAAGGGGUCAAAACAGUUGAAGAAAUGAAAAGGCACUUGCGACACUAUGUCAGGAAUGACCUUUUUGCUGGUCAGAAUCCCCCACCAGUCACAAACAGAUGCUAUCAUCCCAAGGAUGUGGAUAUCAGGAACCACAUGUAUAAGGCAACUGUAAAACAGAUGCUAUCCAACGCUGACCAGGAAAAUCUUGAGGAGAAAAUUAAGGGGUUGAAACAAGAGAAUCCUGAGGAUCUCUUUUUCUUUAGACCUUACUCCCUAUUCCCUAUGGAAGCUGUGCCUGGCAACACCUCUGACACAGAUAGCACUGUUGAAGCUCAUAUCACUCAAAACCUCCUAUUUUUGCAUCAAACAGCUUGGCAGAGGCAUUUGAUGAGCAGAUAUGGAAAUGAAAUCAUGCUUCUGGAUGCUACAUACAAGACCAUGAGAUAUGGGUUGCCAUUGUUCUUCCUUGCUGUUAAAACCAAUGUUAACUAUACAGUGGUUGGGGCUUUUAUAACCCAAAAAGAAACAACAGCUGCAAUAGAGGAAGCACUGAAAAUAUUCCGUACCUGGAUUCCCAAGUGGAAACCCCAGUACUUUAUGACAGACAUUGAGUCUACAUUUGAAGGUUUGUACAGUGUUUAUGCAAUAAAUUUUUAAAACAUAGAAUUAUGCACAUGCACAAUGCAAGAAUGAUUUUGACCCCCUUCCCUCUGUACUUCAAAGAAGCUGUGGUGUCGGUCUGCCAUCAAAGCUGUAAUAAGAAAAUCUCAAACAACAAAGCUCAAUUUGUUAUUUUAUCUCUAGAUACAACAACUUAGAUCUGUGAUUUCCAUCGUGAGCAAUGUUGAGAAAGAUGGCUCCGUAAAGCAGAUAAUGGCUUAAACCAUCAAAGGGAG